AUGGUCCCUCCAGUCCCUAUUCGCAACUGCAACAGACCGCGCAGGGAAAAGACCAAACUUCCCAGCAUCAGCAUCAACAGCGACAUCAACAUCAACGUCGAUGUCGACAAUGACGACUUCACCCUGAUCUCAAGCGACAACGCAAUAUUUACGGUCCCCUCCUACCAUCUCUUUGCCGCCAGCGCAGUCUUCCGCGACGCUCCCUCUGGCGGACGGAGACAGGUGCAGUUCACAGACUCGGACAUUGAGCGUUCAGACGUGCUGGGCUCCUUCGUCCGCCUCAUAAUGCACGGACGCUUGACACGCGAAGACUACGGCCCCGAUCCCGGCAUAGACGCAGCCCACAAUCGCUGGGCGAGGCUCAUCACAUUCAUGCAAAAGUGGGACUGCCAGGGGCCCCUACGCACAUUCACGCUCUGCGUGAGCGAACUCCUGCUGCGCGGAGAGGUGGCCUCGCUGGACGCUUUCGUCCUCGGCAUGCUGGCCGAUGACGAGGAGUUGUGCGUCUCCGCCCUCAAAGUGAGGGGGCCGGCCGGGCGCCCUCUCCGUGUAGACGACGUUCCGUUCCGGACCUGGCAGCGUGUCGGGGCGAGGUACAUGUACGCACUCGCAUGUGCCCAUGGUGGAGUGGGGCGCGGCAAUGGUUGGACCGACAUCUCCGACGCCUUUCGUCGCCAUCUCAGCCAGACGGAGAGGAUGGUUGAGGCAGAGUAA